CGUUCAAUUGAUCAUCAUCGUCGAUCGUCUAUGUUCGAUUCGAUCAUCAAAUUUUAUUUUUUCAUCAUUUUCGAUUGUAAAUCUUUCUGAUCAUUCUGCAAAAUACACCAACAAUGCAUUCACCAACAACAACAUUUAUCAUUAUAAUGAUGAUAAUUCACAUGAUUCAGGCAUUGGAAUUGGAUUCCAUCACCAACAAACGACCAUCACCAUCAAUGAUUGUAGAUGAUAUAGAUUAUAUGGAACAAUUUAAUGAUGCUAGCCAAAUGUUGACCGAUUUGGAUCAGCUUUUAGAUCAACUAAUUGUUGCGCAGAAUAAACAGGGACAAGAAAAUUUAUCCGAAAAAAUAAUGAUAAUGGCCAAAAAUGCUGCCCAACAUGUUCGUUAUAAAGAUAAUACACCAAUAUCAUCAUCUUCAUCGGCAAUUUCAUCAUCAACGAAAUCAAAUGAUAAAGAAAAUGUUAAUCAAUUAUUGACGAAUCUAAAUGAUUUGGAUAAAAAACUUCAGUCAACAUUUCAUGAUCUACAACAACGACGACGUUAUGUAUUGGGUGCAAUGAUCAGACAAAUGCAAUAUACUGUACGUCGAAUUCGUACCAAUGUAUCACGUAUGCAUACACAAUUAAUAUCAGUGGACAAUGUGGCCACACAGGUGCCGCUAUUGCCAAGACCAAUCAUACAAUCGAUGAAUCAAUCGGCACCGGCACCAGAAUUUACCGUACAACAAAUGCAAAUGAAUAAAGAAAUAAUACAAGAAAUUGAGCAACGUCUUUAUUCGACAUCGAGAAAAAUUAAUGAUAUUGUCAUACGAUUAAAUGCAAGUCUUGAUGGUAGCAACGAUGUUGGUGGUAAAAUUAUUGCUGAUAAUAAUGGACAACAACAACAACAACCAUCAUUAGCAUCAUCAACAAAAAUAAUGGCACAAGCAAAAUCGAAUCCAAUUAAUCCAAUUAAAACAUUGAAUACGAUCAUACAGAUGACGGCUUUUCAAUUACAACAAAAACAGCAGAAAAGCUAAGCGAAACAUUUCGAUCGAUCAUCUCUAUCGAUUUAUAUUUUAUUUAUUUCAAAACGAUAAAGAAAAGAUUUAAAAGAAUUUGAUUUUAAAUUGAUUAAUAAAAAGAUCCAAAAUUGUGAA